GGGAAGGGGCGGUAAGCGCCAUGUCGGGCCGCGAAGGUGGCAAGAAGCCGCCCCUGAAGCAGCCCAAGAAACAGGCCAAGGAGAUGGAUGAGGAAGAUAAGGCAUUCAAGCAGAAACAAAAGGAGGAGCAAAAGAAACUCGAGGAGCUAAGCAAGGCCACGGGGAAAGGCCCCUCGGCCACCGGUGGAAUUAAGAAAUCUGGCAAAAAGUAAACUGUUCCAUUGUGCCUGAGGCAAUGAUGAUUCCAUUCCUGUUUAAACAUCUGGAUUCCCUGCUAUAACAUCUUUUGCCACCUAUAGCUAGAAUGAAGUGUUGUCUUGGAACCUAUUGUACAUUUAAGAAUAAACUUUUGU